AUGUUAAUUACAACUAAAGAUCACUAUGUGAUAAUAAAAUCUGUGAAGAUUCGGACAGAUCUUAAGACAAGCAGCACAAACAAAUCAUACUAUUAAGAUGAACAUGUCGUCUUUCUAAUUGAUUAAAAUGAGCAUGCAAAACCCUAAAUAUAUGAAGUAAGAAUGAAAUGA